CGCGGAGGAAACACCAGCUGUGGUAGAGGCAGGGUGUUGAUGCCAAUUUGGUGAGCAGGUGAGAGCCAGAUGUGAAGAGGUAUGCGUGGUCAGACAGGGACCUUUGGAUUGGUAACAGCGGAGCAGACAGUACAGAGCGGCAGGCAGAAGAAUAACAGGUCACAGGCCGGGUUCAGUAACAGGAGGUCAGGCAAUCAGGAUCAGACAGACAGAAUAGUCAGGACGAGCCAGGGGUCAGAGCAGAGAGAGGACAGCAGUAUCAGGAACAGGCUGGGUCGGCAACAAGGCAAUCAGGAGUACAGAACAAUCAGGAACACAGGAACAGGGAACAAGACCAUAAGGCGAUUUGGA